AUGAUAACUAACGUUGCAUUCCUUGAGACGUUAACCCAUUCACUCACAACACAAUAUCAUCUUUUUUCAGGGCAAUCCUCACAUCAUCCUUGUGCUGCUCGAAACCUCGGCAACAAUCGUGUGGUUUGUGUGUGUAACACGACUUAUUGCGAUGAUAUCGAGCCCGUUGGUGAUCUUCGAGCGGGACAAGCAGUAUUAUACUACUCAUGCCAAAACGGUAGUCGGUUGGUGAAGUCCAACCUACGACAGACUGCUAAUCGAGCAGGUAACCAUUUUCUAUCCGUGAACCACUGGGCUUUUACUGAUGCCGUUGGAAUAGUGCUCCAGUCAUUGCCAAAGUCGAUGCAAAACACCAUUAUUGAGGGAUACUAUGGACCCAGUGGUCUACAGUACACAAUUGGACGGGUGCCAAUAGCUAGUACAGAUUUUUCCACUCAUGAGUAUAGCUAUGCUGAUACACCAGGAGAUUUCUCUCUAUCCAAUUUCUCGCUUACUAUUGAAGAUUGGGAAUACAAGAUUCCAUACAUAAUUCAAGCACAGAAGCUAUCUCAAAACUCCACUAAAUUCUUCGCGUCGCCCUGGAGUGCGCCAGCGUGGAUGAAAACGAAUGGUCACAUGAAAGGCGGCGGUCGGUUACGAGGCAAGGAAGGAGGAGAGUAUUAUCAAACAUGGGCAAAUUAUUUCGUAAGGUUCUUCGAGGAAUAUCACAAGAAUGGAGUGGAUUUCUGGGGUGUAACAGUGCAAAACGAGCCAACAUCUGGACUCAAUCCAGAGUACGGUUGGCAAACCAUGUACUUCAGUGCAUCAAUGGAAAGGGAUUUUAUAAGAGAUUUGCUUGGUCCAGCUUUAAAGUCUUCGCCGUACACAAAAGACAUUCAUUUGAUGAUCAACGACGACCAGCGAUAUACUCUUCCCGAGUGGGUUUUGGACGAUCCGGAGGCAGCUAAAUACAUAGCUGGUGUUGCUGUUCAUUGGUAUGAAGACGAGGAAGUGCCAGCGGCCGUUCUAACAACUACCCAUGAUCGGCAUCCUGAUUAUUUCAUACUCGCCACUGAGGCAUGCAACGGUUUUAUGCCUUUGCAAGGCGAACCUAUACUAGGAGACUGGGAACGAGCGGAAACAUAUAUCGACGACAUCAUAGAGGAUGUUGCGAACUGGGUGGUUGGCUGGGUGGACUGGAAUAUCUGUCUGGAUAUGCAAGGCGGUCCCAAUUGGGUGAAGAACUUUGUUGAUUCACCGAUCAUUGUGAACGCCGAGAAGCAGGAAUACUACAAACAGCCGAUGUGGUACGCAUUGGGUCAUUUCAGGUUAGUCAUACUCAUUAUACAGUCUUUUCGCCUUUCUUUCUGUGAUUGUUCACACAUGACGUCAUAUGCCAAGAGUUCAUUUGAAUGA